AACUUUCAUGCAUAUGUGUUUAUAGACCUUGGUGCAUUAUUAUCGUGUUAUUUUUACGCUAUGUCACUUAUGUGAGAUUAUCCUAUGGUUGCUGCGUUUAUGGAAGCAUAGCUGUUUUUAUCCGUCUGUUAUAGCCAUUGACAGAGUUUCUAUGCUGUGGCUCAGUCUGUGUACAAUAAUCCCUCAUUCAUAUAUGAUGGGUCACUGCAGAUUACUGUUUCUACUUUCAACAUUCUCUAGUUUGUCAUUGAGUUAUGCUCAGACCAUCACCACAGAAACUACAGAAACCACAGCGCCUAGAGGCCUCUCAGAAUCUGAACGUCUUGCAGCAAUCAUAGUUCCAUGUGUGCUGGGAGGUCUUCUCCUCAUAGGUCUCCUCGUUUUCAUCUUCCUAAAAAUUCGGGAGGCACGUCGAACAGAAGGAACAUACAGACCCAGCAGUGAGGAACAGGCAGGAUCCCGUGUGGAAGCUAAUGCUGGGCUAAAACUGCCUCCUGAAGAGAGACUUAUUUGACCAAAUUAGGAUGAGAAGAUCCAUCCAGACUUUCACUUGUGUCCUUCUUCCCUCGCCUGGAGCCUGACAAACAGAAUAAGCCUAACGGGGCUAUCCUUUAACACUGAAAGACUGUUAACUAGAUGAGGGGGCUAUAGACCAUUGGAUAUAACCCUCCUACAUACAAAUGUGUCAAUCGGCUUCUUAUUGACAAAUAAAUUAAUCCAAUAUCUGGUCUUUAAUAUCAAAAAUGACCAAUUAUUAACAAGUAGAGCAAGGCUACUAUGCUGAACUCCUCCACUGCUCUGCAUCACUUCAUCACAACCUGCCCCAACUGUCAGUAUCGUGGAGGCAUCAGUAAAAUGCCUUUUCUUCUUAAAUUCAGGUUGUAAGUUGAGGCUGAAUAUUUUCAUAGAACAGUAUUAUAUAGAGAGGAGGUGCAGUGUUUUAGGUGAGCAAAGCUGCAGGGGAAAACAUCCUCAUGAAACAGACUCUAGACUGUUGUCAGAUGUUUCCUAAAGGUCAACUAGGCUGAAUAAAUGAUAGACGUCUUUUAUGGGUGAAAAUUUUUUUGUAUGAAAUGCUAUGUGAAUGUAUGUAUUUAAGUGGAUUAAAUUGCUAACAGUUUAACACAUACAUAUUGUAAUUUAGAUGUGUAUGGAUAUUAAAUAGCAGCUGAAAAAAACAAAGUAUCCGUGGCUUCCAGGAAAUUCCAGCCAGCACAAAAAUGAUAUAUUCAUAUACAAAUAUAUGUAAUAUAGGCACAGAUACUCUAUGCCUUUUGUAAGUAUAAAUGUAUUCAUUUGUAUUGGCAAUUGUUAAUAUACUUGGGCCUGUUAAUCUGAAUAUAUUUUCAUAAUCCAGAGCUGUACAUGCUGGGGCAUUAUUUCUGAUAGGUCGAGAUAGGGAAGUUAAUGUCUAAUGGCUAAAAUAAGGGAACGUGGAUUUUAACACGUCCAUAGAAACACAGAAAAAUCAACUAAAGCAGUUGUGUUUAAAUUUAACAGUGUCAAUCAAAGCAUUACUGUAUGUAAAUCAAUUUGUAAUUAUGUCUAAAUUAUUAUAACUUGAAAUCCUAUUUAUAGCUUUAUAUUUCUGUAUGCGCAGCAUGCUUUUAACCCCGUUUUUUGUUUGUUUUAUAAUCAAUAUGUACAAUUUUACACAAAGGAAGAUGGUCUGAUUCAGGUGAUCGGAAGACAAUGCAACAGGAAGAUGAAAUCCUUUAUUUAGAAAAAAGAAUAUAUGUUGACCCCGUUUCUUUGAUAGAGAAAAUUGAAAUCACUAAAGCUUAUUUGUCCUUUCUACUAUGCUUAAAACCUUUCAUCUUUAAAUCUUAAGUGUUGCUUAGAUUGUCUUACUACAGUGUUUCUCAACCGCGGCCCUCAAGUACCCCCAACAAGCCUGGUUUUCAUUAUAGCUGAACCAGUGAACAGGUGUAGUAAUCCGCUGAUCAGUAACACCAUGGUUACUAACCUGCUCUCAUCCAUCAGCUGAUUCUUUCACCUGUGCACUGGUUCAGCUAAAAUUAAAACCUUGCCGGUUGGGGUACUUGAGGACUGCGGUUUAGAAACCAUGUCUUACUAUAAAUAAUUAUUUUGAUACAUACUUUGAGAGUUAAUUAUUGUAUAUCUUUUAUCCAGACACCUUAACUUAUUUUAUAUCUAGACCACUGAGCUCUUUUGUUGCCAAAACUGCAAUUACCUUGCUAUUAAUGAAAACUCUUGUGAAAAAAAACAAAACAAAACUUUUUUACGAUUCUAAUAUUUUACAUGUUCCAAUUGUAAAGACAAUAAAAGUACUUUAUCUGUUA